CCUCCUCCUCUUUAUUCAAAGUCGCCAGUUUCCAUUUCAAGUUUCCUCCCUCUCUUUCUCUCUCUACUGCAAGUGCAAGUUUUUAAUGGUUGCGUGAAGAAGAAGUUUGGUAUAUUGGUGUUUUCUUGAUAUCACUCUGGUUUUUCUCGAAAUGGGCAAGAAAGAACAACAACAGAAAGAUCACAAGGGCAACGAAAGAGUUGAAGCUGUUCUCGAGCAUGUAAGGAAACAAGCUCCACUAACAGUUAAGCAGGAGAAGUUCUGCAACAAUGCUUGUGUAGAGCGGUUUCUCAGAGCAAAAGGUGAUAAUGUGAAGAAGGCUGCAAAGCACAUAAGGGCUUGCCUUUCUUGGAGAGAGAGUAUAGGCACUGAACAACUCAUAGCAGAUGAGUUCUCAGCUGAGCUCGCUGAAGGAGUUGCUUUUGUGGCUGGUCAUGAUGAAGAAUCCAGACCUGUUAUGAUUUUUCGCAUUAAGCAAGAUUACCAAAAGUUCCAUUCACAGAAGCUGUUUACUAGGUUGCUGGUUUUCACGCUGGAGGUAGCCAUAGCCACCAUGCCAAAAAACGUUGAACAAUUUGUUCUCCUCUUCGAUGCAAGCCUUUUCAGAUCAGCAUCGGCUUUUAUGAACUUACUACUGGCAACACUGAAAAUUGUGGCUGAUUACUAUCCAAGCAGGCUUUAUAAAGCUUUUGUAAUAGACCCACCUUCUCUCUUCUCCUAUCUAUGGAAGGGUGUCCGUCCAUUUGUUGAGCUGUCAACAGUGACUAUGGUGGUUUCAUCAUUGGAUUUUGAAGAAUCGUUAGAGUUCAAUGAUUUCUCCUCCUACCCGCGAGCCUCAUCCCUCCGAUUUGAUCCUUCAUCUAUCAAAUCAACGGCCAAGAUUGGCUCUUGCUCUUCCUCAAGGUUUUCCUUUACCGUGUCCCACCAUUUUGACUCGCUCAAACCUUGGUAUCUUACACUGACAGACACGUCAGUUUCCAAAGUAGGACCCACUACUCCCUCUCCUCUUGGCCCUGCUUUAAUCUCCCCGCUCAACGCCAGGUCCCUCUCUUUCGCAUCACCCGCUGCGAGAACGCCACGUAGCAGCAUCAACGGUAGCAUCUACGCCAAGAAGAAUCUCUUCCCGUCAACUCCAUUGCCACAGCGUGUGACCGCAAGUGAGGGCAUCAAAAUUUCUCACCCGCGGACCCCACGGCCAUCCUUCCUCCAAUCACCAGCAAUCUUUUUCAAGAAAGAGUGCCACGUCAGCAGAACCGACAAGUCUCGAGAAUCGUUCUUACCAUAUUUGAAGUUCUACAGGCGGCCGUACGAUGAGAUGAUAUACAGGUCAAAGAUGCGGCCCCCACUCGGCGGACUCAUCUCCAUUGUUUCUCCUCACCUUAAACGCCGCCACAUGUCAGUAUCUCAACGGUUCUAAAAGCAGGCCAGCCCAUGCGAUGCAAGGAGAAAAAGAAAAAAAAAAAAAGGAAAAAGAAAAGAAGAAGGGAGAGUACAUAUGAGUAUUUAAGUAUUUAUUACUACUAUAUUACAUUAACAAAUGUGUCAAAUGUCAAUGGCAAUGACACCAAGUACUAAUAAUUGAUUAAUUAUUUCUCGUAAUGAUGUUUAAUUAUAUAUUUUGUUAAUUCUUGCA